CACCCAAACCAAACCCAUUAUCAAUGGGUCUACUUGGGUUUGGGUAUAAUUACCCAUGGGUGGGUAAUUUGCCAUCCCUAAUCCUUACCUGGAAUACAAGAGGGUUCAAAGCUGAUAGUAAGUAUACAACAGUAUUACAAAAAGUAAAUAAAUAUAGUAUUGAUAUAGUAGCCAUACUAGAACCUAGAAUAAAGAAUACUGAGACAGAUAAGUUGAUGGCUAAGAGAUUCCCUGAUUGGAUGAACAAGGUGAAGCACAAUCAGGCGGGGUUGGGGAAGAUUUGGUUGUUGUGGAAGAAGGAUGUGCAACUAACUAUUCUCCACUCCUCGGACCAGUUUAUUCAGUUUAUGGUUGGGGGUCCUCAGCCUUUCUUUGGAACGGUUGUCUAUGCGUCAAAUGAUGAAGGCAGUAGGCAAUCUCUUUAUAAUGAGCUUAGAAAGAUCAGAGUCUCUUCUACUCCUUGGAUUCUGCUGGGCGAUUUUAAUGAUAUUAGACACCCUGAUGAGGCCUCGAAUUCACCCAGAGUAGACGUUGCAAUGUCUUUGUUUAAUGAAUGGAUAGUUGACAAUGAGUUGGAAGAACAUCAAGCUAUAGGUCCCUGGUUCACAUGGCUAAAUAAAUAGACAGCCAAUCCUAUUGCUGAACGGCUUGACCGAGUCCUGAUUAAUUUUCAUUAGAUGGAUAAAAUCAAGGAUAGUAAAGUCCACUUUCAAGCUCCAGGUGUUUCAUAUCACUGCCCUAUGUUUGUAGAAACGUCAGCUUCCCUAAAGUCCCUCCCUAAACCGUUCAAGUUCUUCAGGUUCUGGAUUCAUCACCCUUGCUUUGAUGAAAUAUUGGAAGAGGCUUGGAGAAGUAUAGUAACUAGUACUCACCCUUUGAUUAGGGUCUGCCAAAAGUUGAAAAACCUACAAAGGAAGUUGAAUAGAGAAGAGUUCUCUGAUAUCAAAGAAAGGGUUAAGGAGAAGGAAGAAGAGGUACAACAAGUUCAGAAGUUGGCCCUUAAUGAUCCUUCCACUACUAAUUUUGAAGCUGAAAGGAAGAUGGGGCAGGAGCUUAAAGUCCUAAUGGAUGUUGAAGAGUGUUUUUAUAAGCAGAAAUCAAGAGAGUGUUGGCUCAAAACCGGAGAUAUGAAUUCUGUUUACUUCCAUCGCUCAGUUAGAUCAAAACAGAAGAAGUGCACUAUUAGAAUGCUGAGAAAUGAGUCAGGGGAUCAAAUACAUGAUGUGGAAGGGAUGGCUCAUAUUGCAUUCAAGUUUUAUGAGUCUCUUUUGGGAGUGGUUGAUCCUGAGGUUGUGAAGCUGUCAGAUAGUUAUUUUGAUGAUUUACUGAAGCAUAAGUUUAAUGAAGAGCAGUUGGGAGGUCUGUGUAAUCCUUUUACUGAUGAUCAGAUUAAAGCAAUCUUAUUUGCAAUGGAUGGGGACAAGAGCCCAGGUCCUGAUGGUUUCUCUGCGGCCUUUUUUCAGUAUGCUUGGCCAUUUAUUGGAGCUGAGGUAACUUCUGCCAUUAAAUUCUGUUUUGAACAGGAUAGAAUUCCUAGGCGAGUAAAUGCUACUAUCCUCUCCCUAGUUCCUAAAGUCCCUAAUCUUGAUGAAAUGAAAUACUUUAGGCCCAUUCUGCUACAAUAUAUUGUAUAAAUGCAUUUCCAAACUUAUUGCUAAUAGGCUUAGCCCUCUUCUUCCUUCCCUAAUUAGCAAAAAUCAGACUACUUUUGUUAAAGGCAGACUUAUAGGAGAGAACAUCCUUUUGGCUCAUGAGCUGGUUCAUAAGUAUUCACAUCAAAAUAUUUCCUCGAGAUGUGCUAUCAAGAUAGAACUUAUGAAGGCUUUCGAUUAUGUUGACUGGGAAUUCAUUUUGUAAGUGUUAAGGUGCAUGUAGUUUCCUGAAAGGUUUAUCAAAUGGAUUAGUAUGUGUGUGUGUACCCCUAUGUUUAGUGUCUGGUUGAAUGGGGUCUGGUCGGUUACUUUCCAGCUAGGAAAGGGUUCAGGCAAGAUGACCCUUUAUCUCCUUAUCUUUUCUCUAUAGCAAUGGAAGUGUUUACAUGUUUGCUUGAUAAAUCUGCUGCCAAUGGACUAUUCCCCUAUCACCCUAUGUGCAAAGGCAUCCAGCUCACACAUCUUUGCUUUGCGGAUGACCUUCUGGUCUUCUCGGAUGGAUCUAACUAUGGGAUACAGGAAUUGCAACGAGUUCUUGAGCAAUUUAAAAAAGUUUCUGGACUUAAGUCUAACCCCAGCAAAUGUGAGGUCUUUUUUGGGGGGUCUUGACAAGGAAGAGAGGAAAGUCAGGGCAUCUCGCUAUGGCUACAAACUGGGUGAGUUCCCAGUUCGUUAUCUGGGUGUUCCCCUGAUCUCUGGGAAGCUUAGCUUGUCUUCUGGUCAAGCUCUGAUUGAUAAAAUGGUAGCAAAGGUUAAAAGCUGGCAAGCUAAGUCACUCUCUUAUGCGGCAGGAUUGAGCUUGUUGGUACGGUCUUAUAUAGCCUUAGUCAAUUCUGGAUGUAAGUUUUUCUCCUGCCAAAAUCAGUCAUCAAGGAAGUGGAGAGAAUAUGCAGUAAUUUCAUUUGGGGAGUUGGAGUUGGGACGAAGCUAAGAGCAAAUGUAGUAUGGCAGAAGGUUACCUAUCCAAAGAGAGAAGGUGGUCUGGGUUUUAGGGAUCUGUGGAGCUGGAAUCAGGCAUGUAUAACGAGGCAUUUAUUGCUGAUUUUGAUGCAAGAAGGUUGUCUUUGGUUGCUUGGAUUAACAAGUACAAACUGAAAGGGCGAGAUCUCUGGAGUUACUCUUGUACUUCAGGGUCUUGGAACUGGCACAAGAUAUUGAAGUUAAGGGGUAAGGUUGCAACUUUUAUUUCGAUCAGAGGGGGGGAACUUCGUUUGAAUGACUCUCCUACGCCUUCUUAUUCUAUAAAGAGGGUUUGGCAACUAUUGCGGCCUGCUCAACAGACUGUUGGAUGGUGGAAAUUGGUUUGGAAGGGCAAGGCCAUCCCUCGUAACAGAGUGAUUACAUGGCUUGUUGUUAGAGGGAGUAUUAACACCAAAGUGAAGAUGCAAAGAUGGGGAUAUGGUGGUAGUUUGGAGUGUUGUUUAUGUGGAGCAGGUGUGGAGGAUAGGGAUCACAUAUAUGCCUGCUAUCCUUUUACACGCCAUAUGUUAGAAUCUCUCUUUUCUAAAUUUAUGCAGAUCCCAGUUAUGCAGCGAUGGGAUGAGGUUCUGAAUCUGAUGAUGUCUAAACUAGGUGGAGUUUCGGAGGGAGCUAAAACAGGAAGACUGAUCUAACAGGCCUGGGUGAGCCAUGUAUGGAGAGAGCGAUGCCGACGCUUAUACUCAGCUGAGGAGAUGAAUUAAAAUACUCUGUUGAAGACGAUUAAAUCUGAAAUUGAAUG